CGUGUACCGGACAGGGGUCAGCCAAUGGUAAACAUGAACACAGCUUGGUUCUUCUGCAGAAACGGAGGUCCAGUAAUGAUGCAUUUUGAAUUUUUAGCUCAUUAAUAUGGAAAUGGAAAAUGAGAAGCAGAGUUCCGCUCCAGCUGAACCCAAACGAUUCAUUAUCCCUUCUCAGGAGGCAGAGGAAGCCCCAGUGCGUUCCCUUUUCCAGAGCUCAGUGGCAGCAUCGUCAGUCCCUGCGGCAACUAGAGACAGUUAUGCUGACUACAUCUUUCAGCAGGAAACCAAGGUUGCUGAACGAAAAGCUCCGAUUACAAAGGAGGGGCCAGGAGAAACUGCAAACUCCUCAACAGGACCAACCCCUGCAGUACUGACAAAGCCCACUGGAGGGAGAAGCUGCAUUGUGGUUAGCACGCGGCAGAGAGGAAACCCUCUACUCAAACACGUAAGAAACAUUCCCUGGGAAUUUGGGGACAUUGUACCAGAUUAUGUCCUAGGAGAUACCUGCUGUGCUCUCUUCUUAAGUUUGCGUUAUCACAAUCUCAAUCCUGAGUACAUUCAUACGCGCCUACGGCUCCUGGGCCAGUCCUUUGCUCUGCGCGUGCUUAUGGUACAGGUGGAUGUGAAAGACCCUCAUUUUGCUCUGAAGGAACUGGCAAAGAUCUGUAUCCUGUCCGACUGUACAUUAAUACUGAGCUGGAGCCCAGAGGAAGCUGCACGAUACCUGGAGACAUAUAAAUGCUACGAGCAGAAGCCGGCAGAUGCUCUGAAGGAGAAGGCGGAGAGGGACUUUAUUUCCAGGAUGACAGAUUGUCUCACGGCGGUGAAAUCCGUGAACAAGACAGACAGCUGCACUCUGCUAACAACAUUUGGUACUCUCGCAGAUCUAGCAAGCGCAUCUCGUGAAGAUUUGUCUCUCUGUCCUGGACUUGGUCCCCAAAAAAGGCAAGAGGAAGCCAGUGAAGGGAUUGGCAGAGAGGAGCAGCAGAUGAAGAGCGACGUGUAAGGAAGAUGAGUCUGGCAGAGGCAUUCAUUAUGGAUUGUAAAGGAGCUAGACAGCAGGUGGGGAGACCAGAGAGGACAACGUUGCAGUAAUCGAGGCGGGAAAGAAUGAGAGAGUGGAUUAAAAUCUUAGUUGUGUCUUGUGUAAAAAUCUAGAAAUCUCACUUUACCUGCCGGGCAGAAAGCACAGCAUUCAUUGUUAAUUUCAUAUUCUCCAACAUUACAUGACAAUGACAGCACGUUCAUUCCCCGAAGGAAAAAUAUGAUCUGCAAGAAAAUGAAACAUUUUUUGUUGAAAUUAUUCAAAUUUUAUUACGUUCGGCUUGUAUUAUAUUUAUCAUCUAAAAAAUAAAACUUUAAGUAUU